AUGGAGGCGUCGUCCUGGGACGCCCUUCGCAAGCAGGCGAGGAGGUUGGAAGCUCAGUUAGACGACCAAAUGAUUGCAUACCGUAAAUUGGUUUCUAUGAAAUCAGAUGGUUCAGAAAAUGAUAUCGAGACUGAUAUAGAAAGAUCACUAAAGCAACUUCAGCAAGUAAAUUCUCAAAUGCAAACCUGGGUAUCAUCAGGAGGCUCAGAAGUUCUAUCUCAUACAUUGACCCGUCAUAUGGAGAUUUUGCAAGACCUUACGCAGGAAUUCUAUCGGCUUCGAUCUAGUCUCAGAGUGAAGCAACAGCAUGCUUCUCUCCUUGACUUGAGAGACUUUGACAGAGCAAAGUUUGACGUGGAAGAGUCUGGGGACUCAGAACAAGCUCUUCUUAGAGAACAAGCUGCAAUCAGCAGGAAUUCUGGACAGGUGGACACUGUGAUAUCACAAGCUCAAGCAACACUGGGCGCUCUCAUGUCCCAGCGUUCAACGUUUGGUGGCAUCACUACCAAAAUAAGCAACGUCAGCAGCCGGAUCCCCACGAUUAACCACAUCCUCGCGUCGAUCAGAAGAAAGAAAUCGAUGGACACGAUAAUUCUCUCGCUCGUGGCGUCGGUCUGCGCGUUUCUUAUGUUCAUCUACUGGUUGUCAAAGUAG